ACGGCGCUCAUUGCAAUCCCUAAAAAAACCUUAGAGAUAAGUCAUUGCUUGCAGUUCUUUUAGCGCAGCAUGAAAAGCAGUCAUCUAACACGACAGCAGAUUGUAUGGGCAACAACCAGCUUCUGUUCCAGGAAUUUUGCAGGAGCGCUGCAGAGACAAUUCGAUGGAAACUUAGUGGUUAUAACCAAAUUGCCAGAGAUCAAGUUUCCGAGCUGUGUAAAAGAAACAAGCAAAGCGGCCCCCAAAAGAGCGAAAGUCAUCAUGGCCUCGCAACAGGACAGAGAGGAACUCGACGCCAGGGCAAGGCUGGGAGAGACUGUUGUUCCCGGCGGAACUGGUGGCAAGAGCCUUGCAGCUCAAGAGCACCUUGCUGAAGGGAGGAGCCGUGGAGGUCAGACAAGGAAGGAGCAACUGGGGAGAGAAGGGUACCAGGAGCUGGGAAGCAAAGGAGGCCAGACAAGGAAGGAGCAGAUAGGAACUGAAGGGUACCAGGAAAUGGGCCGAAAAGGUGGACUCAGCACAAUGGACAAGUCAGGCGGUGAGCGUGCUGCUGAGAAAGGAAUCCACAUUGACGAGUCCAAGUACAGAACCUAGGAACCGUAGCCUAUAUGUCUCUGCUUCGGCUCUGUUUGUCAAUGUCGAGUCUUAGUGGUUUAGAAGUACUCUAGGUUUACUAUUGUCAAGAUCGUCUGGUAUUUCUGCCUUUUUUUUCUUAUUUUCUGUAUGAUCGGUAACUUCUCUUCUGGUUCUAGUGGUUGAGUGGCAUGGCAUGGUGCCUUAGAGCGGUUUUCACCGUGCCAGGUUCCUUCUCUUUUCUGUAUGCUUUUGACAGUGGAAAUGAAUGAUGGUUUUUACAUCCCACCACCAGCACCAGCAUGCUUCAAACUCCCUUGGAAGGUGUCCGGGCGUAAGCAAACCGCCCCCUUGUAAACUAGUUGGCAGUGGCAGUCCUGAACAGAAGCAAUUCUCGGAUUAUAAAAUGGAUAGAGAUCUUUGAAAGGAUGAUUUUAAAAAACCACCCCCAAAAAGGUUGGAGUCUCAUGUUUCUUAACGUGGAAGACAGGGAUGAUCCUCGAUCCCACAGCGAAAUAAUGCCUUGUUGAGGAACCAAAACCCAUAACAUUUUCAGAAAGUGUAACUUCAUUGCCAUUAGCAGCGACCAUAUUAUGGCUUUUUGCAACACUUCCCUAGAGUUCCCAAGAAAAAGAAAGGAAAAAGAGAGAAAAGGCAAAAACUACAUUGAAACCAGAAAGAAAUGACAGCCAUUGUGGGAAAAAGAAACCAGAACGAACAAGCCAUUGGUUAGAUACUACAUUUUGAGCAAAUCUUCAAAAAAAAAAAA